AUGGCUACCCAACAACAAAAACCACUCCUUCCCCCAAUAAGUUCUUUUGCAACAGGUAUGCCAUUGUUAAAUGUUGAUUUAGGAGUUCAACAACCUCCAUCAUAUGAAGAAUACCAGUAUCCUCCUGUGAUUUCACAACAAAAUUCGAUACCACUUUUUCCAAAGAUUAUAAAAGGAAAACCAACAACAUUUUCUGUGCUUGAGGAUAUCUCAAUCCUCAAGGCAAUGCGUUUAUAUAUUGGAAAAAACGUAUCUCUUAAAAUUCCUUGGUCAUUCUGGCAAUUAUAUCGACGUUAUACUGGUAGUCAAAGAAGUGAUUCAUCACUAUAUCAUCAUUGGAAUGGUGCAAUGGUUAAAAAAUAUGGUAACUUCAUUAAAGAUGGAAAAAUUGAUGAGUGCAUCCAAUGGGCAGAAUCCACUCUUGAUCUUGAUGCAGUUUCUGGAGAUGUAGAACCAGAUGCUAAACCAAUAGAACCUCGUGCUUUGGUACAUACACAAUCUCAACAAGUUCUUCCUCCGUAUUUUAACUUCCAAACUAUGUCAGAUGAUACUAAUGGACACUCUAGAGGAUUAACUCAUUUCCAAUCUCUCAACGAAGCUGAUAGAUAUUUUCAACCGAUAAGAAAAUGA